AUGUUGCUCGUAAGGACAACCAACAAUCACAAAGACACAGACUUGCACGAGGCAGUGCGGUUUAACUUCCUUGAUGUGGUUCAGAUAUUGACAAGAGAAGACCCUGAGUUUUCCUAUCCUACUAAUGUUGCUAGCGAGACUCCACUUUAUAUGGCUGUCGAGAACGGAUACAGUCUUGUGGGUUUGGAAAAAUUGCGCAUUUGCACAUAUCCAGCCUACCAAGGGCCCAAUGGUAAAACAGCUUUACACGCUGCAGCCAUGUACGUGGCUAUCCACUCAAACUUAUGCUCAAAGAGUGAGAAAUUGUGCCAAGAAGAUGAAGAGGAAGAUGAAGAUGAGGAUUAUGAGCAAGAUGAGGAUCAUGAGGAAGAUGAAGAGGUUGUUUGA